AUGAAACUAUUUUCGACGCUGCUGUUAGUGGUGGCCUGGCUGGCAUUGGCGAGGGCCGCUGAGGAUGUGCCAAUGGAUCACAAGACGAUUAAUGAAAAGCAACUCAAAAUAUUACGGAAUUCUUUGGACACCAAUUAUCGACCCUGUGACGAUUUCUAUUCCUAUGCAUGUCAAAAUUGGUCUGCUCAGCACCAAGGAGCUGGAUAUUAUUACAGCGGAGUUCCAGAACAAUUAGGCUAUGAGGUCAACCUGGAAUUGAUGGAGUAUUUGGAGAAGACACCCGAAACAGAUAUGCCUAGAUUUGUGAAACUGUUUAAGGAUUUCUAUGUGGCCUGUAGAGAGAGUCCAGAUUUUGAGUUUUCGGAUUUUAUGCAUUGGAUGGAGAAAGAGGAAAAUAUGAAAUGGGCCUUACUCACACCCGACGAUAGUAAGGAUUUCGUCUUCGAUUGGGCAACAAUUGCGGCUGGUUUUCGCAAAUAUGGCUUCAAUAAUAUUUUCCUAACAGAAACUACAGUUUAUCACGAUGUCAAUAGGUUUCAAACAUAUCUGGAUAUGCCCGACUAUAAUGAAAGCUUUUAUCGUUUAGAAGAAAAUAAAAUGAAGGAAUACAACGCAAUGAUUUCUCUGCCUGGUGGAACAAUGAAUUUCGAGGAGCUAUGGCAACUUCUUGGUCCAUUUGAAGAGAAACUACUAAGACUUAAAGUCGAGGAACAGGAAGGGGAAAAAAUUCUAAAAUUCCAUGAACUUCCCUAUCCAUGGAUGCAGAAUUAUCUCAGGGCUUUGAUGGCACCCCAGGUAAUUGAUCCCAAUAAGAAAAUAAGUAUUGACAAUAUGGCCUACAUGGAAGCUCUGAAUAAUUUACUGCAACAAUACGAUGCCAAAUUCCUGGCUCGUUAUGUGGAAAUACGCUUCUUGCAAAUUUCCCAUAAAUUGAUCAAAAGUUCCUCGGAACAUGUUCACAUGUUUCUGACAAGAAGUCUACUGCCCAUCGCUGCUGAAUGGAUCUAUGAACAGCUGCAUCCCGAAUUGCGAGACGAGAUACCGAAAAUUGAACAAAUGUUUGAAAAUGUGAUGAAGAAUGUCAACAAAUCUCUACACAUGGAUGAAGGUGGAAUUAUGCCCAAGGAGUUCUUUGAGCAACUGGAAAGCCUACACAUGAAAGUGGGUUAUUUACCCGAGGAAAAUCCCAAGGAUCUUUUGGAAUCUUAUUAUGCCGAUUUGCACUUGGAUCCGAAAAAUUAUUAUCACAAUUAUUUGAAAAUUUUGGAAUUCUAUUACAAAUUGGAGCGCAGCUACUUCGACUAUGAGAACUUUGCCAAGGAUAAGGAAUUUUUCUACAAAACUCCAAAAUAUGCCUACAGUUCCGAAGUUACGCCGCUGUAUGCUGUUUCGUUGAACCUUAUGAUUUUUCCCUUGGCCCUUUUCAGAGCACCCGUAUAUGAUGCACGCUUUGAGGAUAUUUUCAAGCAAAGUUCCUUGGCCACCCUGAUGGGUGUGAGCAUGUUCGAUGCCAUUGCUAAAAGUGAUGAUAUUCCCACUGAGCUCGUUCAACAAAUAUCGAGAACGAUAAGUCUGUAUGCCUCAUAUCAGGAAUUUUUCUCAUCCCUUACACCCGAAGAUAUCACACGCUAUCAACAGGUGUUCGGCCUCCGUUCACUGCAGGAACUCAAACGGAUGUUUUUCCUCAACGCAUUCCACUACACAUGCUAUAGAUAUUCUUAUGUUGCCAAGAAAUUUGUAAAUUUUGCUGUUACACAUUUGUCAGAUUUUGACGAGGCUUAUGAUUGUAAAGUGAAUGAAUAUUUGAAAAAGUUUUGA